CAAGCUAUUAACCAACUCAUUCCUCAACUGCGCAAGCUGCGGUUGCAUUAACAAACAAAUGAAGAACUGCUCCGUAUUUUUUUUUCUCUCUCUCUCUCAGGGGCCCCCCUGCUCACUGCCGAAUAUGACGGCAUUGACCGCCGGUAUAUUCAAGGCUUCGCUCCGAUCCCUACCACAUCCAGGUAGAUCAUGGUGGGUAGUCGCGUCUACCGAAUUUGCAAAACAUGACAUGUGUACGUCGCCUUGCAGACAUCAAUUUGCAGUAUAACAGUAUAUGAAGUCGGUCGACGCUCGUCGUCUGAACUUGACUGAUGCAUGACGAGCUUGCUUUUGACUAGCAUUCAGCUAGCUAGUCAUACCCUUUGACAUCUUGCCUAUCAAGCAUCUGUCUCAUCUAACGGCCGGCCUACUAGGACUAGAAAUAGAACCUAGUCCACGUGGGGAUAGAUAGGUGACGGCAGGGAGUUUUCUAUCUCGCUCCCGCCAAACGCAAGAGCUCACCCUCGCCUCCUUAUUUUCCUCAACAUCACUCUACGUAGUGUAUGAUUCAAUAUGGCAUCACUCAAGACCCUUCUGGCUCUACUUCCCUUGGCCAUCCCAUCUCUCGCCUCGAGCCUCAACUCCGAGUACACAUUCAACCCUCUCCACCACCUCGCCGGCAUAGCGCCCUACUUUGAGCCGCUGGACCCCCCGAGAUCUCCAGACGCGCCGCAGGGCUGCACCGUGACCCGUGCCGCCUACCUCAGCCGCCAUGCCGCCAUCUACGCCAACGACUUUGACUAUGAGGAGUACAUGGGCCCCUUCAUCUCCAAGUGGAAGAAUCAAUCCUCCGUGGAUUGGGCCCGGAUCCCCUCGCUCAGUUUCCUAGCUCACUGGGAGCCGCCCGUCACCGAGGCCGAGGCAUCUCUCCUGACCCGGAUGGGCAAGCUCGAGGCCUCGAGGCUCGGUGUUGACCUCAGCUUCCGCUACCCAAACCUCAGCUUACCCCAGCACGUGUGGACCUCGUCCGCUGAACGCACCUUUGAGUCCGCCAAGUCCCUCGUGCGCGGCUUUCAGCGCGAGGAUAACACCAUCCGCGUUGUCAGUAUCUACGAGGGCAAGGAGUCUGGUUCCAAUAGCCUGACCCCCUACAAGGCCUGCCCGGCCUACUCGGGCUCAACCGGGAGCGAGCAGAGCCAGGUGUACCAGGAGAAGUUUACCAAACCCAUCAAGGCCCGCUUCAACGCUGCAGCCCCGGGGUUCAACUUCACCACCAAGGACGUCUUUGGCAUGAUGCAGCUUUGCGGCUACGAGUCCCUCAUUCGAGGCCGCUCCAAGUUUUGCGACCUCGACCUCUUUGGCCCGGACGACUGGCUCGGUUGGGAGUACUCGGAGGACGUCCGCUACCACUACAAUGUCGGCUACGGCUUCCCCGCCGCCGGAUACAUUGGCAUGCCUUGGUUGCAGGCGACUGCCGACCUGAUGACGCGCGACGGCGGCCCUGAGGCUGAGGACCUAUACAUCAGCUUUACGCACCGCGAGCUUCCGCCCAUGGUCAUGGUCGCCAUGGGCCUGUUCAACAACUCGCAAUUCGGCGGAUCAGAAGCCACCGUCAACGCCACCAUGCCCUCCGAUGCCGAGAACCCACACCGCGCCUGGCGCUCCUCGCACAUCGUCCCCUUCCUGACCAACAUCGCCCUCGAGCGUCUCGAGUGCUCCGGCAGCUAUGGCUUCGACAACGGCCAGUACCAUCGCGUCUUGGUCAACAGCUCACCUCAGCUGAUUCCCGGUUGCAACGAUGGACCGGGCACGAGCUGCUCCAAGGCUGCAUUCGAGCAGUUCAUCAAGGAGAGGACCGAGCGGUUCAAGGGAUUCUCGGAAAAGUGCGGUGUGUCUUACCAGAACUCGACGGAUACGAUGACACUGUACACCGAUGGCAAGGCCGGAAACGGCAGCUUUGUUGGAAAGCGCUAUAAUGCAUUCCCCCGGGAAUAGGUUAUGUGAUUCAAGACCUUGAGACGACAAGACAAAAGCUUAUACAUAAUACACAAUAAUAAAUCUGUUAAUUUUGCCCAAUGACCUUUUGAGACUUUGGUAGUUAGCCUCGACUGUGUAAUUACGGUAGUAACCCACGGCGCGCAUCUAAUCUAGGAUUCAAAGCUGCA